AAGUCUUGAAUGGAGAAUCAUAUACCUUAGCUUCUGACAUCUACAGUUUUGGUAUAAUUAUGGCUGAAUUAUCAACUGGAAACCCUCCCUUUUAUAAUAUAAAACAUGAUGUGUCUUUAGCCUUAGAUAUUUGUAAUGGCCUUCGUCCAGAAUUUGGAAAAGGAACUCCUGAAUUUUAUAAGAAAAUGGCUUAUAAGUGUAUGAAUGCAAAUCCAAAUCAAAGACCAACGAUCGAUGAAUUGUUUGAUAUAUUAUAUUUUUGGUAUGAAUCUAAUUAUGAGAGGUAG